UAAAAGAUUCGACUCAUAAGAACCAUUCAUUCACAAAGCGAACAUUGCUGCUAACUACCUUUCGUGGCGGGACUUAUAUUAUUUAAAGAAACGGAUAUCCCCACUACUAAGCUGACCGGUAGUUACGACUCGUUCGGCAUUCUGUUUAAAAGAGCAGUCCAGGUAUGAAAAGGUCCAGAUAUGAGGACGACUCCACAACCUCACAGUUGGCUCAAGAAAGUGGACAGAAGGCGAAUAAACUCCCUCGAUCCGAGAUUGAAAAGAUUAUUUCAGAUAAGGUUGUGACCGCAGUCGAGCAGUCUGACUACAAGAUGAAGAAUCUGAUGGAGAGAAUCGGUGAGGUGAAUGGUGAACCCAGAUACGAUGCCAGAAUCAAGAAUCUUGAAGCUCAUGUAAGGAAAAUAAAACGAAGGGGAGAUGCAGUAUUUGCAUAUAUCAGAAAGUUCAGAUCUUUAGGGAUUUCUCAGAGUCAGUCUCCUUCUAUAAGUCCUUCUCCUGUGCAGCCCCAGCGAUGCAUUUCUCCAGCGGAACCAGUAACCAAUAUAUCCAGAAGUUCAGUCAAUGGAGGGUGUUUCAGUGACAACGCUUCGGUGUCAUCAGCAGACAAUGAUUGUGAGAUGACCACAUUGAGAAGACCAAAGAAAAGGUUCUGGCAGAGUUCGCAAUCGAAGAAUCAGGUUGUUGACCUUACGGAAGAUGGAGCAUCCAGACUGAAUGAAGAGAGCCCGGUUACCCAACCAUCAGAUCAGAUAUCUGAACCUUCAAGAUGGGAACAAUCAAAUCCCUCAAUUACACCACCAGUAGCCAUUAAAGAAGAAAUGCAAAGUGUAACGGAGGACCGUGUCAGUUCUUCAGUACAGUUGGAAGAGGAGCAGUGGCAGUCCAAACUCCAUCCGUUCCCAGACACUCCGUUUCCCAAAGAGCUUCCGGUUGUAGCUGCCUCUUACAACUUGCCCCAGAAGCCAGUGGUGAAACUAGCUCGGAUUGGAAGUGCACAGGAACUAGGCAUUGCAUGGAACGUGGAUCAAAAAGAUCCCCAUGUAGCAGAGAUGGAUUGCUACUACAUUUACGUUUCCCACGAACACAAAAAUGGCACUUUUUCAGGAUGGAAGUGCCUUGGGGAGAUCAAAGCCAUGCCUCUUCCUAUGGCCUGCAAGGUGUCAGACUGCAAAGGAGACAAACAACUUUGCUUUAUCGUUGUGGGGAAGGAUAUUUUUGGCCGUUAUGGGCCGUACAGUGACAUACACACCGUUGCAUCGGGACAAAUAUGAUUUUGAUGACAUUUCUCCAGUGUUUUGAAACUUCUGUUUAUAUAAGAUUUGAAGGAGUAUGUGACUGACUCUAUACUGGCAUUUAGAGUAUUUAACUGUAAGAUUUGAAUUUCUUAAAAGAUGUUAAGUUGGGUACAAAUAAAAUUAAAGCUGCUGUUAUUUCCUCCAUUAUUUUUGUAUCCCUAGUUUUUUUUUCUCUCUCUGAAGAAAAUGUUUUUUUGUUAGUUUUUUUUUUUUGUAUCCGAGAGCCCAGAUCGUCAGUCCACUUGUACGAAUCUCACUAACACUAAGUAUUAAAGAAACUGCCGCCUUGUAUUGUUUUUAUUGAUUAUAAAGUUACAAACUGA